ACUUUACACACACACACACCGGUCUUUUCUACAACCGCUAAACGUACCCGAGCGAGAGAGACAGAAGAGCCCGCCGGCCUCGUGUCAUGUGAUAGGCACCAUAGUGGCUCCUGGCGUAGUUGUGUGUGUGUGGUAUAUACGGCGAGUCUUGGCAGUCGGAACCGGAACCGGAACCGAGGAGUUGAAUAAGCGGCGUGAGCUAGAUUGGAGGAGACGGGACUGAGUGGUGGUAGGGGGGGGACCCGGGGACCCAGGCAGGUGUGUUGGGAGUAGAUCCUGAGAGAUGUGCUGCACGUGAUGAUUUAAAACACCAUGCUGAUCACUGCCUAUGUCGCUUUUGCUUUCCUCCUGGUGAUAUGCUUUGGCUUGGAGUUCUCUGCCUGCCGCUCCAAGCUCACGGGCAAGUCUUGCUCCAACCCAGCCUUCCUGCGGUUCCAGUUCGACUAUUACCAGGUCUACUUCUUGGCUCUUGCAGCUGAUUGGCUGCAAGGACCUUAUCUUUACAAACUGUACCAACACUAUCACUUCUUGGAGGCUCAGAUCACCAUUAUCUAUGUCUGCGGCUUUGCCUCCAGUGUGUUGUUUGGGCUGGUCUCCAGUUCCUUGGUUGACCGCCUGGGCCGUAAAAAAUCCUGCAUUCUCUUCUCCUUGACUUAUUCCAUCUGCUGCCUCACAAAACUCUCCUGGGAUUAUUUUGUGCUAAUUGUAGGAAGGAUAUUAGGAGGGCUUUCCACUGCCCUGCUGUUCUCCGCCUUCGAGGCAUGGUAUGUGCAUGAGCAUGUGGAGCGUCAUGACUUCCCAGCUGAGUGGAUCCCUGCCACCUUCUCUAAGGCAGCCUUCUGGAAUGGCAUCAUUGCUAUCGGAGCUGGGGUGGUAGCCAAUGUCUUCGCCGAAUGGCUCGGGUUGGGCCCAGUGGCCCCAUUCAUGGUCUCCAUUCCCUUUCUCAUGCUGGCUGGUGUCUUGGCCAUGAAGAACUGGGACGAGAAUUACGGCAAGAAAAGGGCACUCUCCAGGACUUGCACAGAUGGCUUGAAGUGCCUCCUCUCUGACCGCCGAGUCUUGCUUCUGGGUACCAUCCAGGCCUUGUUUGAAAGUGUCAUCUACAUCUUCAUCUUCCUUUGGACUCCCGUUCUGGAUCCCCACAACCCACCCCUGGGCAUAGUGUUUUCCAGUUUCAUGGCGGCCAGCAUGUUGGGCUCAUCUCUCUAUCGUGUUGCAACCUCCAAGAAAUAUCACCUGCAGCCCAUGCACAUCCUUUCCCUCUCAGUCCUGAUGGUUUUCUUCUCCCUCUUCAUGCUGACUUUCUCUACCAACCCUGGGCAGGAGAACCCUUCGGAAUCCUUCUUGGCCUUCCUGCUCAUUGAACUCUCUUGUGGGCUCUACUUCCCUUCUAUGGGGUUUCUGCGGCAGAAGGUGAUCCCUGAGAAGGACCAGGCAGGUGUCAUACACUGGUUCCGUGUCCCACUGAACCUGCUGGCCUGCCUUGGCCUGCUGAUCCUCCAUGACAGUGACUACAAAACAGGCACCAGGAAUAUGUUCACCAUCUGCUCUGUCAUGAUGGUGAUGGCCCUCCUGGCUGUCGUAAGCCUCUUCACUGUGGUCCGUAACAAUGCAGAGCUUAGGUUGCCCAGUCCGUCAGGUCAGACUGAGGUCUCUUCCCCUGAGCUCUGAUAUAGCAAGUUGUGAAGCCUUUCUAAGGGGAGAUACUCGAGCUAGCCAGUUGUCUGUUAUGCAUCACAGUGCUGGUACUGUAUAUAGGCAACGACUCUGCAAAGAGAACACUGAGCCUCUGCUGAGUCCUGUGGGUCUUCCCCCCCCCUCCAGAAUCCUUUCUUUUCCCUUUUAAAUAAGGAAUCUCUCUGUCGGACAGUUUGACUGAAUCUGUGGCAAGCAUAGCUCUUCUGCACCUUGGUAUUUUUGAUUCCUGAGGCAUUUUGACUUCUGCUGGCAAAAUGUGUGCGGGGUGGGGGGCUGCUUUCUACCACUUCAUCCUGGAUAGAUGGUGGCAGGUAGUGGGUUAAAAGGACAUAGCCCUUUUUUUAAAAAAGUGAGCAGUUAGGUUAAUAGACUGAUCAUCUAUUAUCAGUAUUGAACUUGGUCACAACGUCAGCCAAAUUCUAUAUUGCUGGCGCUCUGCUUCUUUGAAAAUAAAAUAAAACAUAUAAAGCUU